AGACGGAGAGUUCAAUGUCUAAAAAAACCCAACCUACCUCCUCAGCUCAGGCUUUUAGAGAGAGAAAGAGGGAGAAAGAGGAGAGAGAGUGAGUCAGUAAUAGAGCUUUGUUUGGGAUAAGACUCUCUCUCUCUCUCCAAAACCAAAGAUGGCCUCUUCCACUCCCACUCCUCACUGUUCUCUCACCACCACAAAGCCCUAUCAAAACCACCACUUCCACCACCACCACCACCACCAAAACCUCCCAAACCACCACCACAACCACCGCCAAACCCACCACCACUGGACCUCCCAAAAGGUCGUCUCCCUAACCACCCCCUCGCCGCCGCCAACAGCUCGAAAUGCCGCCAAACCUCCUCCCGUCCCCGCCACCACCUCCAAAAAGCCUAAUUUCUCUUCUCUCGCCUCCCUCCCUUCAAAAUCGGAGCUUUCCUCCGAUUUCUCAGGCCGAAGAUCAACCCGAUUCGUCUCCAAAAUGCAUUUCGGCCGCCAAAAGACCUCAAUUGCGAGCCGACACACUUCGACUGCCGAAGAAGCUCUGCAACAAGCGAUUCGAUACAGUGGCGGCGAUGAUAACAGGCAUAUAGAUAGCUUGUUGCGUAAUUUCGAAUCGAGGCUUUGUGGUACCGAUGACUACACGUUCUUGCUUCGAGAGCUUGGUAAUCGGGGCGAGUAUUCGAUGGCGAUUCGGUGUUUUGAAUUCGCCGUGCAACGAGAGAGAAGGCGAAACGAGCAGGGUAAGCUUGCGAGUGCUAUGAUUAGUGUUCUUGGCAGAUUGGGGAAAGUUGAUUUGGCAAAGAAAGUGUUCGAUACAGCGGUUAAAGAGGGGUAUGGGAACACAGUCUAUGCUUAUUCGGCUUUAAUUAGUGCUUAUGCGAAGAGUGGCUUUUGUGAUGAAGCCAUUAAGGUCUUUGAAACCAUGAAAACUUGUGGUUUGAAGCCCAAUUUGGUGACCUACAAUGCGUUAAUUGAUGCUUGUGGAAAAGGGGGUGCAGAUUUCACACGGGCAUCUGUGAUUUUCGAUGAAAUGUUAAGAAAUGGGGUGCAGCCUGAUCGAAUUACGUUUAAUUCGCUUCUUGCUGUUUGUAGUGGUGCAGGUUUGUGGGAGACUGGGAGGAACUUGUUUGGUGAGAUGGUUUAUAGAGGGAUUGAUCAGGAUAUUUAUACUUACAAUACUCUUCUCGAUGCUGCUUGCAAUGGUGGGCACAUGGAUGCAGCUUUUGAUAUAAUGUCGGAGAUGAUCACGAAGAACAUAUUGCCUAAUGAGGUAACUUAUAGUAUUAUGAUUCGCGGGUCUGCCAAGGCGGGUAGAUUAGAUAAAGCAUUGAGUUUGUUUAAUGAGAUGAAGUUUGCCGGUAUUAAUUUGGAUAGAGUUUCUUACAAUACUUUGCUCGCUAUUUAUGCUAGUCUUGGUAGGUUUGAGGAGGCUUUGAGUGUUGGGGAUGAGAUGGGGAGUAUGGGAAUUAAGAAAGAUGUAGUCACUUAUAAUGCACUUUUGGAUGGGUAUGGGAAACAAGGGAAGUAUGAUAAAGUUAAAGCACUGUUUGAAGAGAUGAAAGCAGAGCGUCUUUCGCCUAAUUUAUUGACUUACUCAACUUUGAUCAGUGUUUACUCAAAAGGUGGUUUGUAUCAAGAGGCAAUGGAGGUCUAUAAAGAGUUCAGGCAAGAAGGGUUGAAAGCGGAUGUUGUGUUUUAUAGCAAACUCAUUGAUGCAUUGUGUAAAAAGGGGUUAGUCGAGUCAUCUGUGUUAUUGCUUGAUGAGAUGACCGAGAGAGGGAUUCAACCAAAUGUAGUCACUUACAAUUCUAUAAUUAAUGCCUUUGGUCAGUCAGCAAUUGGAGAAUAUGCAGAGGAUGAGUCACAGGUUGAAUCUUCACAGUCAAUGGUUCUUCGGGAUGCCUUUCAGAGCAAGGUUGAAUAUGCAGAGGAUGACAGGAUCAUAAAGAUUUUUGAGGAGUUGGCUACUGAAAAUUCAUAUCAUUCAAAGAAUGAUCACAGGGGCAGACAGGAGAUUUUGUGUGUCUUGGGGGUUUUUCAAAAGAUGCACGAACUGAAAAUAAAACCUAAUGUUGUCACCUUUUCGGCAAUUUUGAAUGCUUGCAGCCGUUGUAAUUCAUUUGAAGAAGCUUCAUUGUUAUUGGAGGAACUUCGUUUAUUUGAUAAUCAAGUCUAUGGUGUGGCACAUGGACUUCUCAUGGGCCAUAGGGAUAAUGUAUGGAUGCAUGCUCUCUCUCUUUUUAAUGAGGUGAAGCAUAUGGACUCUUCAACGUCAUCUGCAUUUUACAAUGCGUUGACUGACAUGCUAUGGCACUUUGGGCAGAGACGAGGGGCCCAACUGGUGGUGCUUGAAGGGAAACGACGUCAUGUCUGGGAAAACAUAUGGUCUGAUUCUUGCUUAGAUCUGCAUCUGAUGUCUUCUGGUGCUGCACGCGCAAUGGUUCAUGCCUGGCUGCUCAAUAUACGCUCUAUUGUGUUCGAAGGUCAUGAGUUGCCAAAACUACUAAGCAUUUUAACAGGGUGGGGCAAACACAGCAAAGUAGUUGGUGAUGGCACGUUAAAGCGAGCAAUCGAGACACUUCUUACUGGCAUGGGUGCACCGUUUCGGGUUGCCCAGUGUAAUAUUGGGCGGUUUAUAGCAACUGGAGCUCUAGUGGCGGCCUGGUUGAAAGAAUCAGGGACGAUGAAAGUCCUCAUUCUUCAGGAUGACAGAAAUCAAACUGAAACUGCAAGAUUGGAGCAUAUUCCUGAAUUGCAAACAAUCCCCUUGUAGUAGGUUGUAUUUCUAUGUGGGUUUUUUUGUCUCUUUUUUUUAAAAAAAGGUCUUUGCUUCCAACGUUUGUAUUCUGUGUAAUUAAGUGAUCCGAAAAUCUACUCUCUCUCUCUCUCUUGUAAAACUCGCAAAUGUAUCUUUGCAGCUUCUUCAGUGAAAGCAAACAGUUUUUCCUCUCCUCGGUUUUACUGCAAAUUGUAACUGAAUGUAUAAGAAACCAAUGAGUUUAGCAGGAAGUACAAUAACCAUACUUUCAGGAGUUAA